GAUGAGGUGGACUUUGUUGCUUAUUAUGAGCAGGCUACUGGCCGUUUAGUAGUUGACCCCGAACAAGCGAAGAUCGAGUUUGGGGAGGUAAUGGCAUCUAGGCUCAAGCUCAGCCCUGAUGGGUUGAAGGUUCUCUGGCCUCAGCCCGCCAACGACCCGAACGACCCGCAAAACUGGACUGAUUUCCGCAAGAAUAUGCACUUGAUGAUCAUUACAAUGUCUGCAGUGAUACCUGACUUCGACUCUGGAAUUGGAAUCGCGUCAAUAUUUGGGCUCGCUCAAACUUAUGACACGACCUCGGGUGUCAUCAACGAUCUGACGUCAAACUGGAGCAUCUUCCUUCUGGGAUGGGGAGGCAUCUUCUGGGUCAUGCUCAUGAGACGCUAUGGUCGGCUGCCAGUGCUCUUCUGGAGUCAGCUUUUUGCGCUUGCAUUCUUGGUUGGCGCCACAUUGGCACCGAAUCUAGCCACCUUUGCAGGGAUGCGCUGUCUGACUGCAUUCUUUGGAACGUGUCCCCAGGUGACGGGUCUUUAUGUCGUGACGGAUAUCUUUCCCUUCCAUCUUCAAGCACGGAAGCUGAACAUCUGGACUUCGGGUUUUGUCAUAUCUCCUUUCCUAUCACCAUUUGUAUUUGGCUUUCUUGUGGCACGUGCGAGCUGGAGGUGGGCCUAUGCUAUAGGAUCUAUCUACAGCGCCAUCGUAUUAUGUCUCAUUGCGUUUUUCAUGGAAGAAACUAUGUAUGAUCGUCGCCUCGUAUUGAAGCCACCACGAACUUCCACGGGACUGCGAUAUCGAUUUGAAACUUUGAUAGGUGUCACUGGGUACAAGAUGGCGAAAUACAGACCACGAUGGCCGGAAGUUCUAUUCGCAUCUUUGGAUGUCGCUUGGCGUCCUCAGUUUUUCUUCGUAGUUCUCUUUGAGGCAUUGGUUUUCGGGUUCUCGAUCGGUGUGAAUACGACGAACGUUGUCUUCAUGGGAUCUUCUCCUCCCGUUGGAUUUGGCUUCAGUCAAUAUGCCGUUGCUGGAGCAUAUGCGACUCCAAUUGUUGCCGUCUUUUUUGGCGAGUUCAUUGGACGUCAUGUGAAUGACUUCAUCAUGAAUCUGAAUAUUCGCAAAAAUGGUGGUUUCUUCGAGGCCGAGAGCCGCUUGUGGACCUGUUACUUAGCCAUGCCCCUUUAUAUCUGUGGCUUUUUGACACUGGGUGCUGGGAUACAAAACCUCAACGCAGCCGCUCUCAUCAUGGGCUGGGGCAUUGCAUUUGUUGCAAUCACCCUCAACACUGUUGCGGUGUAUGCAUACUGCAGUGACUGCUUCCCUCGUAGGGCGGGCGAAGUCAGUGCUCUCUUAAACUUUGCAAGAUCAGUGGGCGGUUUUGCGGUGGCAUAUUUCCAAGUCCCAUGGGCUACAAAAUCUGGAGCAUUGACGGUGUUUGGUGCUGAAGCAGCACUUGUGAUCGCUUUAUUUUUAAUUGCCGUUCCUAUGACACAACUGAAAGGAAGCUACUUCCGAGCACGCUUUGCUUUAUAAUCAACUUCUCGCUGGCAAAAACCAGGGAGGGUUAUUAGAUUUAGACAUCCUUAUGUAACAAUCUUGGUUACUUGGUUGCGCAUCUAAGUAUCACCCGCUACCGCGUUAUGGUCGAUGUUUUUGUGUAUAUGUAAUGAAUUCCGCAUUGUGACUUAGCUAAGACCUUACCUAAUGAGGUCGGAGUAAGUCAGCUCGGUAGCUCGUUCAAUUUCAUAUUUUCUUCAGCUUUUCCUCCAUACUUCACUAUAAUGUUCUUGCCUACCCUCGCCUCUCUUUUUUUCUUAACUUCAGCAACAGUCCGAGCAUCUCCAUGCAUUUCUUUUGACGCCAACUGGAACCUCCUUGCUUUCGGCCUGAACGGCAAAGACUGGAACGCGGGCACCCAAGACACCUGGUCCAGCAGUCA